UUAUUUUACUAUAAUCAGUUUGCUUAGCUUUAGAAAUCAGAAUUUACAACCAUUCAGAGAAGCUCUUUUGAAACGUUAUAAAAUUAAUAAAGAAUAGGUGGAAUUGAUUGAAACAGCAGGAUGAACUCAACCAAAGGUACCAUUCAAUGCCUUCUGUCUCAGUUCAUAAGACCAUACGCAAUUUUAUAUGAUUUAUUAGCUGAAUGGGAAGAUGAUAUGACUUAUCCUGUAAUCGAAUAUAAUAAGUUUAGAUACUAAGCAGAGUCAUUUGGAAUGAAUUUGUUUCUCUAUGCUUACAAUUACAAUGUGAUAACUCAAAACAAUUAAAUUCACAACAUUUCGAUACCUCUUCCCAAUUGUAUAGUGCAAUACAAAUCAGAACUCACUGAGGUGAACUUGUUUGAUAAGUUUGUUCAAUUGAGAGCAUAGGAAUUGGUUAAAGAAAAUGAAAUUUUAUAGGAACAUGAAGGUUAAAACUAUAGAAUUUAAUGUAGACAUCAAAAGAUUUGUAUGGUGAAUUUCGCAGACAAGCAAAUGAUCAUGCAGCCACAGAUAUUAAAGACUCAGAACUUAUCUUACAGGAUUUCAUUCGAAGAUACACCAACCCAAAUUCAGUAAAGGCAAUCUACUAUCAAGAGAAGGGAGUUCUUAUUUUGA